AUGGUGACAGCAUGCGCAAAUUUGGGUGGUGCGAGGAACAGCACAAGGUUCGUUUCUCUUCCAUUUCUCUCGCGGUCUCUCUUCUUCCAUGCCGUGACUUGCUUCAACGUCUAUGCUGUGACUGUCACUGCUAUAGCAACAAACCUCACACAAAUGGCGUGUUGCUAUAAGUACCAUAACCUAUUUCUCCACUCUCAUUUCUUGUUGAGAAAGCUUCCGUUCCCGAGCCACGUCUACGCCACGAGUUUCUCUCGCAAUCUUCGAACCCCGUGGCUGCUUCGUUCUUCGCGCGCGCCACUCUCUAAGGGCUAUUGUAGUGCUACUUCAGAAUCGCCGGGAGCUGUUCCCGCGACUCCGCCAACCGCCGCGGCGACGUUGGUUCCCGGCGCCGGAAUCGGAACCGCUCGGGCGAUGCAGUUAGGUUCUGCUGUCAAUGCGGAACGCGUGACGAACAGCGAUCCUUUGAACGGCAGAGUGAUGAUCAUUGACGGUACUUCGAUUAUUCACCGCGCGUACUACAAGCUUUUAGCAAAGUUGCACCAUGGCCAUCUAACACAUGCUGAUGGAAAUGGAGAUUGGGUUUUAAUGAUGUUUACGGCACUAUCGCUUAUAAUUGAUGUUUUGGAAUUUAUCCCUUCCCAUGUGGUGGUAGUGUUUGACCAUGAUGGAAUUCCUAUUGGUCAUACAUAUAAUUCAUCAAAAGAAAGUUUUACUGCAAAAGGCCAGAAUUUUCGGCACAAUCUAUACCCUGCAUACAAGAGCAACCGUCCUCCAACUCCUGAUACCAUUGUUCAGGGACUUCAAUACUUCAAAGCAUCCAUCAAGGCUAUGUCCAUAAAAAUCAUCGAGGUUCCAGGUGUAGAGGCAGAUGAUGUGAUUGGAACAUUAGCCUUAAGGAGUGUUGAUGCUGGGUACAAGGUACGAGUUGUCUCCCCCGACAAAGAUUUUUUUCAGAUUUUAUCUCCUUCGCUGCGUCUCCUUCGAAUUGCUCCACGUGGUGAUCAGAUGGUUUCAUUUGGAGUUGAGGAUUUUGAAGAGAGAUAUGGAGGUCUGAAACCAUCCCAGUUUGCAGAUAUGAUCGCACUUACUGGUGAUAGAUCUGAUAAUAUUCCAGGAGUUCAUGGAAUUGGAGAUGUUCAUGCUGUGCAAUUAAUCAGUAGAUUUGGCACAUUGGAGAGGUUGUUGGAUUCUGUGGAUCAAAUUAAAGAGGAUCGCAUUAAAAAGGCCUUGAUCGAAAAUGCUGAGCAGGCAGUCUUGAGCAAGGAACUGGCAUUGUUGCGUUCUGAUCUUCCAUUGUACAUGGUACCGCUCGCUAUAAGAGAUCUCUCGUUUAAUAAACCAGAGGACAAUGGUAGCAAAUUCAACAGCCUUUUAACAGCUAUCAGUGCAUACGCAGAAGGGUUUUCAGCUGAUCCUAUCAUCAGGAGAACAGUUCAUUUGUGGGGAAAGUUGGAUUCAAGAUGAAACUCGUUGAGUCAUCAGGUUUUCUUGUAUAGAGGGGAUUCUUUGAAUAGAACAUUUCAAUACUUGAACAGUACAUAACACGAGGGUUUUCAAGUGUAUAUAGUAAAGCAGAGCGAGUUGUUCUUGUGUGGAUAUCUAUGCAUUCCUGAGAUGGCUCUGCGAUCUUCAUUGUUAAUUUUUGGUAGUUUGACACAAAUUUCCAUUUUUGUUAGGUAAAAAGUGCAUUAGAGUAAGCACUAGGAAGAACAGAAUAGUCGAGUCGUAGUAUUUGUCUAGAUAGCUGUAGAUUUUAGGAAACAUGUUGCAGAAAUUUGCAGAAAGUGCACUCGUACUAAUGCGUUCCUUGGUGAAAUAUAGAACGAGAAAAGUGACGGAGAAGCUUUUAUCUUUUAUCUACAUCCACAUUCUUAGUGUCAAAUAACAGAAUGAUUAUGGGAUUUAAUGCUUUUAUUAAGAAACAGUAAUUUGGCA